AUGGAGGGGGACCUUUUCUUGGAAGGGCAACCCCCGGACUUUUCGGUCCUGCAGGAGCUGCUCUGCCCACCUUGCCUGGAAUCCGAGCCUGGCAGCAGCCCAGCCUCCACUUCAGGGGGCAUCGGGUCAGAAGCCGCCGCUGCUAGAGAAUUCAGGUUUGAGCCUUUCAGCAACAUGGCUUGUUGCCUUCAGAUGCCAGACAGCAAAGCCCUCAGCUUCCUGCAGGAGAGUGCACAGCUGCUGUCCCAGGCAGAGCCAAUCAGCAGUAACCCCGGAAAGCCUCUGUGGCAGCUGGGCCGGACCAUGCAUUCUGCCCACAGUGUCCGUGCAUCCCAGUGCAACUGUUUCCCCUCUCCCCUAGUGCCUUUUGCUCCUGCGGAUGCUCUGAGCCUCAUCAGCCUCCAUUGCUCCAGCCUUGAGUCUCCCAUUACCCACUCUAAAGACCAUGGUAGCCACCUGCUGUGGACAGCUUGUGUGGAAGAGCCCAGACUGGCACAACUCUCUGAGUCACAGAGAGGCAGGAAGAGGGUCUUCCGCAAGCAGCCCAGACCCAUGAGGAGCUAUGAUGCUCUGGACCCAAAUUUCCAAGGGGUGACGCUCCACAUGAAACUGUGUCUGUGUCAAAGCAGCUUGGAGGGCUGUCGCCUUGUCAUUAACCCCCAAUUCAGCAGUGGAAAACUUAGGAAAAGAAGCGGAGCCCCUUUAGCAGGAGAAGAGUGCAAAGCUGGCAGUUCAGAAGAUGAAGGAUUCCUCUCUACUCACAGGAAUAAGCGUUGUGCUUCUUGCAAGACUAGGAAAACACCACUGUGGAGAGAUGCUGAAGAUGGGACCCCUCUCUGUAAUGCUUGCGGCAUUAGGUACAAAAAGUACAGAAUUAGAUGUUUUCACUGCUGGAGUAUUCCAAAGCAUGGUGGGAAACCUUACUCACAUUGUUCCAACUGUGGAGGAAAGUUGGGUGUAGUAGCUGUCCAGCAGAAAUCUGGAAAAAGGUAA